AUGGUGCGGAUAGCCAGCGCCCUGGGGCUCGUCAUGUUCAGCGUGGCCCUGCUCAUCCUGUCCCUCAUCAGCUACGUGUCCAUCAAGAAGGAUUUCCUGUUCAGCACCCCCAAGUACGGAGCCGGCGGAGGGCCCAGGAUGUACAUGUUUCACGCCGGCUUUCGCUCGCAGAUAGCGAUGAAGUACCUGGACUCCGCUGUUUCUCCUCUGACUAACGCCCUCACUGAGGGUCUCCAGGAGAGCUCAUCCAAAUGGAGGUACAACAGAUCGGCCUUUAUUCAGCAGAGGCAGGAGAUCUCCCAGUACAUCGACAUCCCUCACAACUUCUCCCUGACGCGUGGCUCGGUCCGCAUUGGUCAGCUGAUGCACUACGAUUACUCCAGCCACAAGUACGUCUUCUCCAUCAGCGAGAACUUCCGCUCCCUCCUCCCCGACGCCUCGCCCAUACUCCACAAGCACUACAACGUCUGCGCCGUGGUGGGGAACAGCGGCAUCCUCACCGGGUCGCGCUGCGGCCCCCAGAUCGAGAAGUUCGACUUCGUUUUCCGCUGCAACUUUGCGCCGACAGAGAUUUUCAAGAAGGACGUUGGGCAUCGGACCAACAUGACGACGUUCAACCCCAGCAUCCUGGAGAAAUACUACAACAACCUGCUGACGGUGCAGGACAGGAACAACUUCUUCCUGAGCCUGAAGAAGCUGGACGGGGCCAUCCUCUGGAUACCAGCAUUUUUCUUCCACACGUCGGCCACCGUCACCAGGACGCUGGUGGACUUCUUCAUCGAACAUCGAGGCCAGCUGAAGGUCCAGCUGGCCUGGCCGGGGAACAUCAUGCAGUACGUCAACAACUACUGGAAGACAAAGCAGCUGUCGCCAAAGCGGCUGAGCACAGGAAUCCUGAUGUACACACUGGCGUCGUCCAUGUGUGACCAGAUCCACCUGUACGGCUUCUGGCCCUUCGGCUGGGACCCCAACACGGGCAAGGAGCUGCCCUACCACUACUACGACAAGAAGGGCACCAAGUUCACCACCAAGUGGCAGGAGUCGCACCAGCUCCCCGCGGAGUUCAAACUCCUGUUUAAGAUGCACAUGGAGGGGCUUCUGAAGCUCACCCUCUCCCACUGCGCCUAG